UUGCUGAUCAUUCAUUGCUCAAAUAGUAUGGACACUUUUGUAGGGCGCUUUACGGAUGAUGCGACCUUCGCAAACGCGCUCUUAGUAGAAACUCUCUGCUACUCCGAAACAGUUCAGAAGCCAGACUUAGUGAAACACCUUCUCUCGCUAAUUUUGGAUACGGCCAUCUCCUCUUUCCAGUUGCACCAAUUUUCGUCAUUUUCGAAACAAGAGUGCCCCCGAGAGGACUAUCCUUUUUCUUCAUGGCCAGAUAUCAGUCUAGAUGACAACGAGAGAGGCAAGAAGGACGCCGCUGUCAUCGUGUCUCUGUAUCGACUUGUCAGAGACGAUUUGGUUAAGGCGGGACAGCUUCUUGAAAAUAUCGCGAAUGGCACUGCCAUAAUUCACCACGACGACCUUGACCGUCUCAUUAUUCCACUCCUGCGUGGAAUGAUCGACAUCACCAAGCAUCAACCAUUUAAGGCUUCUCUAUUCUACUCCAAAGUCAUCUCUACCUAUAUUGAGAGGGUGGUACAGAAGGAGCCUCCAAAGCCGCAGGACUGGUCCUUA